AAGCAAGAUGGCGGCUCAAGUGAAGCAAAUGCUGAAUUCUCUGUCCAAUGCCGGCGGUUCACACAAGGAUAUAACGGGGAAAUAUCGGGAGAUUCUAGAGAAGAUUUUUAAAUUCAAUGAUUCGUCUCUCACAGAAGGCCUCAAAACUUUCAUUGAAGCCGGUAAGUGUAUAUUUUUUUUAUGCAAAGUCUCAUUGCCUCAGUUUUGGAGUCCUUUAGCCUUUAUUUUAAAUUAUCCGUCACGUUUGUGCUGCGAAGCUGCCAAGCCACCUUAGCUUGUUCUGUAAUCUAGUAAUACUGCACAAUUUAUGUUUCACUAAAUUCGGUGCUUCGAAAUUCUUAUUAUCAAUCUUCUUUUUAGCCUAUUAGAUUCAGCAUUUGAAGGCUAUAAUGCCUAAAAAAAAACCCUUAGAGAAUUAUGCUACAAGAAUUUCACAAGUUUACUACUUUUAAUACACUGUUAUAGAAGUCCAAACAUAUAAAAUAUGGGUGUAUUCUGUAAAUGCCCCAAAAUAUGUGGUUUGGAAAAAAAAAUAAGCUGUUUUUUUUUUUAAAUAAACUAGUAUGAAAAAUUUCAAACCAGAGCUAGAAAUUAAACUUAAACACGCUUAUAUUUUUCUACUUACAGUGGAACCUCGAUAGAACGAGGUGCCAACGGACUGGCAAAAUUUGUUCACUAUAAUGAGGUUUCGCUAUAUCAAGGUCCUUUUCCAUAUUAUUUUACCAUUACUGGGGGUAAAGAAAUUGUUUACCGAGGACUUCGCACGGGUUUCAAUAAGCACUGACGACUGACAAAACGCAUUGGGUACUUUGCUCAGAGAAGUCAGUUCCUUAUUGGAAGCUGGAAAUAGAGUAAUAAAAUAAAGAAAGAUUCUGUCAAAACUUUUGUUAAAAUUCAAUUUGCUGGACCUAGACAGACUUUUUGCUUCAUAUUUAAAACUUACUGUGCAUUUACUUGUCCAAAUAGAUAAAAAAUACACCCUCUUUUGUACUCAAUUUAGUGCCUUGAACACUGGAGAUCGCAUUUUAGGGCAUCAAAAUUUCGAAAUUUUCAAGGAGUACAGACCCCCAGAUCCCUCUAGAAGAAGGGGAGUAAAAGCCUCUUUUGGAUGCAGUAGGUUACUUUUUUCAAACCUUCUGGCUACUUCAAUUUUCAUUGAAACCCCUGACUUCAUUAUAUGGAGGUUCAUUAUAUCGAGUUUCCACUGUGAUAUGGCUCAUCAUAAACAACCUCUAUAUUCCAGUUGUUCAUGAGAGCGUCAGCCUUGUUGUAUCAAGACAAGUCUUAACAGAGAUUUGCAAUCAUAUUCCAAACAUGGACUCAUCUAUCGCCAAGCAAAUAUCACACUUCAUACUUGACAAAUUACAACCCAGAGCCAUCUCCUUUGAGGAACAGGUGAGUUAUUGACGGCUUUUGACCCAGAGGAAUAACUCUCCAUUGUAGCACAAAACAACAUUGUUUUCGUUGUGUGUUUUCCAUCAAAUCAUUAAUUUUUCAACAUAACAAAUUGUUGCAUAUGAAGAACAGGGGUGUAGCCAGCCCAUAGACCUGUACGCCCGGGUCGACAAAAUUUUUGGUUUGAUCACUUUGCCACUUGUAAUAAUUUAUGUAUUGUUGGGGUGAGCCAAAAAGCUUAAGAGGUGAAAGUGUUGGUGAGGUCAGUGCGUACUAGUCAUGCAUGCAGUUUUCAGGAUAUGCGGAAAUGAAAGUCAGCGAGGCAUACAACUAGUCGAAAAGCUGGCUACGCCCCUGAAGAAUAAAUUGUUUUGCGUGGUAAUGCUACUAGCAAGCUUGAGCAACCAUGACAAUGCUAAAGCAAUUCUUUUAAUAAGCAAACAAAACCUCUGAACAUGCAUCACAUUUUUUGGUAAAUUUCUUGGCAUCAUUGCGUGACUAACAUUGUCAAACUUGAUCAGAAUGGCAAUGUGAUCAUUGCUUUAAUCUACUAGAUCUUCUUUUCAUCAAUAGCAGUUGUUGUGACUUUGAUUUCAAUGAAAAUACCAAUACAAGAGUCUCAGUGGAACUAUUACAUAGACCACUUAUCCUCUCAUUAAUGUCAUUAAUCCCACAACAGCACUACUACCCUGUGCACCACUUGGGUUAGCUCAUUUGUCUGUUUUUUUUUUUUUAUGAUGUUUGUAAUAGGUUGCAACAAUCAGAAAACAUCUUGCUAAAAUAUAUGAAGAAUGUCAAGAAUGGAGAGAAGCAGCAAGAGUAUUGACUGGUAUUCCUCUGGAGACUGGGCAAAGGUGCUGUGAAUCAAAAUAAAAUUUCAUCUUCUGAUAUUAAAAUAGUGAAAAAAUAACAUUAAAAUGUAAAAACAUUAAAGUAAUUAAUAAUAAUGAUAACAAUAAUAAUAUUAUUAUUAUAAGCAUAAUUGAUAAUUUUAUAAUUUCAUGUUUAUGGUAAAGAAGUUUCAUUUGAAUUGUCUUUUUUUUAUUUUUGAAACCUUAUUUGAUAAAGAGACCAUCUUAGGGUAAAAUUUUGACAAGCAACGUGGCUUUGAAACAGUGACAUAAAAUGGCUGAAAUGGUGAUAAGCAACAUAAAGAUGUUUUGAAACUGCAACAGUGACAGACACAAGCAAAAAUGCAAGAGUAAAUUACCAGCAAGAACAUGGCUUACUCCUCACUACUUGCAAUUAUGGGUUUUAAAAUUCAGAUGAGGGACAUACUUACCCCCACUUCAAAGGCGUCAUUUUAACCUUUGCUAAGGUUCCUAAAAGGUGUAAAUGAAUGUAGGGACUCUCAUACAGGGAAUACAAAGCUUAUAAGUUACGUGUUUUGAGUGUGUUUCAAGCUCAGUUGAUGCUUACUUUUAAAGGCAAGGGUUUUUCUUACCUACCACUUGUUAACUAGAAAGAAGGAGGACUUUAAUCAAAGUGGAUGAAUACUUUAAUGGCUAUUUUAAGCAGAAUAUUAUUCUUAACAAUAAUAACACAGAAUGUUUUCUCAAACAUCAAAUCUUAGGCAAUAUUCAGUGGAUUAUAAGAUGGAAACUUACUUAAAAAUUGCACAGCUGUACUUAGAAGAUGAAGAUCCUGUACAAGCUGAAGCUUACAUAAACAGAGCAUCUCUGCUUCAAACAGACACGAAGACAGAAAAACUGCAGAUUCUUUACAAGGUACAUGCUGACAGUAGUAACUUUAAACAGUGCAUCAGAGUGGCUAGAUAACAAAUAGAUAACAUUUUUCUAUUGUCUUGCAUUGUCUUGCAGUUAUACUUGUAAAUUACAUCAAGAUGAGCUCGAAUGUUGGCUGCAUAUUCUUGCUAAUUUGUAGUCUGAUUAAUGUUUAUACUCUUAUAGACUAGCCAUUUCUAUAAUGGUUUCCAAGAGACUGUUUACAAUGCAGCAUUGUUCUUUUUGUUUUUUGUUUUUUUACAAUAACAUCAAAAGAUUUUAGCAUCAAUUCAUUUCUGCAAAGUUUUUUAGAAAAUCACAUGCUAGAGACAGAUAAAAAAUUGAGACUCAGGGACAGUUCAUUUGUGACACAAGUCCUGCUUACCAGUAAGAUUAGAAAUGUCAAGAUUGCAUGGUGAUAACUAAAGAAAGAAAGUGAAUUCAGUCCUGUUGGACCUAGACUUCUUUUAUUAUGUCCCAAACAAGUAAGUGACAAAGAGAAACGGGAAACUGUGUCCUUUAAACAAGCAUAAAAUUACCAUUUCUAUAUCACCCUAUAAAUGUAAUAUGCAAACAAUAAUUAUUUCUAUUUCACAGGUAUGCUAUGCUCGUGUCUUGGACUACAGACGUAAAUUCAUUGAAGCAGCACAGCGUUAUAUUGAUCUGUCAUACAGAACUGCAAUACAUGAUGAGGAGAGAAUGACAGCACUGAAGCAUGCUCUGAUCUGUACUAUGCUUGCUUCAGCAGGUAUGCCAACUGCUCUUGUGAAAUGAUACCCGGGCUAGUAAUGCCCAGUUCAAACAUUGAACUUUUCAUGUACAGCUGAAAGUAAUCCUUUCAAUUAACUGAAUGAAAAGAUCAACACUUGAAUCAAUUAAGUCCAACAUAUCUAAUUUGGGUCAACCCGUGAAUUAAGUUUUAGUGGCCCACAUGAGAAUUUUGACUGCAGAGCAGCUUCCUUUGAAAUGUCAAACUUUUCAUGUGCCAAACCUGAUACCUAAAUCACUGGGAAGCAUUGUAGACCAUUGUACAUUGUGAAAAUGUAUUGAGUCUGACUAAUUAAGUUUGAUGUCUGAAUCAAGAACUUGUGUCAUUUCGAUUGACCUUAAUAGGUAUUAAGUUCGGUACAUGCAAAGUUCUAUGUUUGAACUAUGCCUAAGUUUACUUAUGACCAAUAAGCUUUCUAUAUAUGGAUAAGCUGUUGUCUCUGCUAAUAUCUACUUUCUAAGCUCCACUGUAUUAUUUGCGUUUUAAAAUAGCCUCAAGUUCCUUAUCCUAACUUUUCUUUCUCAGAAUUAAAAUUAAAAUGUUACUUUAGGACAAGUAUGGCCCAGUUGUCAGUCCCUUGGACUCAAUAAGAAGUUCCAGGUUUUGUGUUGUGCUUUACCAACCCAAAGCUGGCUUUGUUUCUUGGAAGUCCCAAGUUCAACUCUCUUGCCAAAUGUGUGAAUGGCCAACAGUCUUCUCCAGCAAAUUGGGAUUUCUAAGGAAACUUGGUCCAGUUUGCCAUGUUCUCCAUUAUGUGGCAGGGUGUCUAAGUUUGAGUACAUGUACUGUAGGUGGGGAAGGUUGGAAAGUUGGCUGUUCUAUAUUUCAUUUGUAGGCAGGUACUGUGCACAGAGUACCUUGGUGUCAGUACCUGGUCCUGGCUACUAAUGAAACUCUUCAGUUCUUAAAUCAUGUAGAAUCAUGUUGGCCUAUAGUCUCCAGCCAGGGGUGGGGAGCAUGGCAUGACUUUAUCCUGAGCAGCUGUGAACGAGGCUAGUUGACCUACUGGUUAACACGUUGAACUUUGGAUCUGCGGGCGCAGAUUCUAGCUUUGGCUGUGCAAUAACAUUGUUUUCUUAUGAAAGAAAGUUUGCUCCUUUAUCUCUCUUACAUCCCAUCCAGUAGUAGCAACCAGAAUUUUAUUUCUCCAUCCCUAUACUUUGAGACAGCUACAGGGUGUAGGUUGUUUCACAACAAUAUAAAAAGUUUAAUGUGUAUGCUUAAAUGAUUCUAUAUUAUUAGGCCAACAGAGAUCAAGGAUGUUAGCCAACUUGUUUAAAGAUGAACGCUGUCAACAGCUUCCUGCUUAUGGGAUUUUAGAAAAAAUGUGAGUUGUGCCUGUUUUACUUUUAUACUCAUCUGAUAGCGCAGGCUUUCCCAAUAUUGCCUGUACACUUACAUGUAGGUGCUUUCGUGGCUCUGACACUAGAAAAAACUUCUUCCAUAUGGGUCUCAUUGGGUCACAGUGUACCUUUUCUUCAACAAUUAUUGUUCUAAACAACAGACCAUACAUAUGCAGUGGCGGGUCCUGACCCUCAGAUGUGGGGGCGGGGGAGGGAGGCAGUCACCCAGACCCUGGGAUAAGGGGGGGCAGUCACUGCAUAUGUGCUGGUUGUGCACUAAAUAUUUGUUACUAGAUCUUAGAUCGCAAGGAAGGUGACUUAAUAAGAGGUUCUUUUAGCCUUCUGCCUUCCCCAACUCCAUUUAUACUACUAUAAAUGCUUUCAAGAGUGUUGCAGGAGAUGACCUCUUUUCUACACUGAACUGAUAAUUUUUUAAUAAACAUGUGACUUGAAAAUCGUUUUCUUUAGGUAUUUGGACAGAAUAAUUCGGGGACCAGAGCUUCAUGAAUUUGCCAACAUGUUGAUGCCACACCAGAAAGCAACAACGGCAGAUGGUAAGAUUUUUAACUUUGUAUAACAGUGUUUCAUCUGGUUACUUAAUCAUUAGCUAAGGUAAGCAAGCAAUGGCUCCAGGAAAGCAAAAUGUAAGAGAUUCUUGUCAAAAGGUAAAGGUGGAAUUCGAGCCCUGUUUACUAGUUGUUUCUUGUUAAACUAUGAUGUGAUUUUUUUGUACCGGUAAUUCUCCUCAAAGGUGUGUUGUUGUAUUUGUUUUAAGGUUCAACAAUCCUUGACAGAGCAGUGAUUGAGCAUAACCUGCUGUCUGCUAGUAAACUUUAUAACAAUAUCACUUUUGAAGAACUUGGAGCUUUAUUAGAAAUCCCACCGCCCAAGGUAAGUUUUACUUGGUUUCUAUCCAUGACAGUGAAUCAAAUGUUAUCACAUUAGUUACUAGUCACCACAUUAGUAGCCUGUGAGCAAGCUCUCCGGGGUGCUCUGGCGACAGGGCAGGAAAAGGAAGGAGAGCUUGCAACUACGUCUCUUCCCCUGUGGCUCCCCGUUGACUGAGCUGUCAGAUUUCCACCAAUCAGUACAAAGCAGAAAUGAGCGCGAAUGUGAAAAAACAUUGAAAAACACUUGCGCCAAUCAGCAUUUUGCAAUGACGUUUUCAAUGCAGAUAUUCAAAUUCCAGAGAUCUAGUUGCAAGCUCUCUGUCCUUUUUCCACCCCACUGCCAGAGCACCCCAGAGAGCUUGCUUCCAUGCUACUAUGUUAGUUAUUAGUCUUCCAUGGGAGAAGACCCCCAGGGAGACCACAGAAGUUCAAGACAUUAUAUAAAGUCACUGCGAAGCUAUUUGACAGCGUUCAAAGAAAGUUGUAUCCGAUAGCCCAGGGCUAGUGGAUUUUACUAUCGGGCUAGUGAAUUCUGUUCUUAACUUGCCCGCCUGGCAAGUGAAAUUUUUUAAGGAAUUCUAAUCACAAAAGAACUGUUAUCAACCCUGCUCAUCAUCGGGCUAGUUAAAAUGACUUUUGGGCUGGUACAUUCUAACUACAGCUUGCCCGAAUGACAAGUUGUAAAACUGACUUUCUUUGCCUUUCUUUGCACCCUGUUUGAUGAAAAAAAAUCGCUCAAAAUCCUGAGCCUUAUUUCAUCAAUGGUUAAACAUGCGUGGUGGAAUUAGCAUGCGAUCAGGCAAUUGUGUGUUUUUUUCCUUUCAACUUCAACUUCAACUUCAACUUUAUUUAUUAAAAAUAGUAUUACAAAAAACUCACCCACAAAAUAGUGAUUGGUAAUCUAGGCGGACCAGUGAAAAGAAAAAUUAAAUGAAAGGCAAGGAAGGAUAAUAUUUUAAGUUACAGUAAUUCAUAUUUCUAUCUUAUUUUUAUUUUAAUUACCAGUACAUCUAACGAAAGACAAAAAAGGAAUUGAUGGAUAGCAGAAAGCAUAUAAUUUUAUACAGAAAUUACUUUGAGAGACAUAGAAGUAUAGGGUGGGCAUGAUAAGUGAUUGCAUCUUAAAAUUUGGUCUUCUUUUCCAACUUUUUUUUAACCACUUUUAGAUAACUGUUCAAUAAGAACAGAAAAAAACUAAUUGAUAAUUAAUUCUAGUCGAUUUAGUGAGGUGACAAUAAGUCAAAUUAUGGAAAACUGUCCCAUAUUCUUACGUCAGAGAGUAUGUGUUUAAAUGAAAAAUGUUGGUGAAACCAAACAUUUUAAUUUGUGAUAAAAUAGCUUGAAACGUUUUUGAAGUCGUUUGCAAAGUCCCGAUAAUUGCAGAAUCUGUAGUCAAAACUCAAAGAAUUUUUCAUUGCAGAAAAAAAUCGAAGUCAAAGUUUCUGCAAGAUCGCGGUACUUUUAAUGUUUUUGCCUAUGUUUGCUUUUAACUAACUUUAAGCUAAAAGUUGGCAAAGAAAAAGUCUCUCUUGUUGACAAAACCUUGGCCUCAUAACAUCUGGACAAAUAUGGUAAAUCACGCCUGCAAACGUAUAGUGACGCCAAAACUUGAAAAAAGUCGAGUCACUGUUUUUCAAGUUUACCUGAAAACAAUCCAUGUUGAUAUUCUUCUGUUUGGUCCAUAUGUGCCUCUUGAUAGUUUCUUUUUUCUGUAUUUCUCUUUUGUUCUCCGCCAGUUUAAAGCUGAUAUUUUAAUAUUUAGCCCUUUAAACCCCAAAAAUGAUCAACAUCUAUUUUCUCCUACAAUGCCAUUACAUAAACAAGAGAAAGGGUUAUGAGAAUAUAUCAAAGGGAUCUUUACAGGAAAAACUGGCUUUGAUCUUUAAUCAAAUUCUAUCAACUUCUUCAUGUAUGGAGAUCCUUUUGGAGAAUUUUCCUGUGGUCAUUAGGAAGGACAAAAAAUGGAACGUUCCUAGGUGUCUGUCCUAAGGUUGAUUUCUACUGUCGUGUCAUUUUUACGUGCGCACGAACGUUAAUUUUACGCGCGUAAAUAAAAAAGAGCCAGUGUUGGGAACCAAUAUAUGAAAGGCCGUUCGUAAACAUUAAGUUAAACGAGCUUCAACUCUUACGCUUUAGGUGGACUUGCACUUUCGCCUAAUUUUUAAGUGCGUACGCGCUUAAAAUUUACGUGCGGAAAUAAAAUAGAGGCGAUGUAUGAAAGGCCGCGCGUAAAACGUUAAGUUAAACGAACUUCAACUUUUACGCGUCGUUUUCAAAGUCCCCAUAAUUGCAGAAUCUAUGGACAAAACUCCAAGAAUUUUUAAUUGCAGAAUAAAUUCGAAUUCGAAUUCGAGGUUUCUGAAAGAUCGCGUUUUUUUUUUAAUGAUUUUGCUUAUGUUUGCUUAUUAGUAGCUUUAAGUUAGAAAUUGGCAAAGAAAAAGUCUCGCUUGUUGACAAAACCUUGGCCUCAUAACAUCUGAAUAAAUAUGGUAAAUCACGCCUGCAAACUAAUUGUGACUCCAAAACUUGAAAAAAGUCGAGUCACUGUUUUUCAAGUUUACCUGAAUACAAUCCAUGUUGAUAUUCUUCUGUUUGGUCCAUAUGUGCCUCUUGAUAGUUUUUUCUAUAUUUCUUUUUUGUUCUCCGCCGGUUUAAAGCUGAUAUUUAAAAGAAAAUUAAUCCUUUAAACGCCGUAAAUGACCAACAUCUAUUUUCUCCUACAAUGUCAAUACACAAACAAGAGAAAAGGUUAUGAGAAUAUAUCAAAGGGAUCUUGACAGGAAAAACUGGCGUUGAUCUUUAAUCAAAUUCUAUCAACUUCUUCAUGUAUAGAGAUCAGUGUGGAGAAUUUUCCUGUGGUCAUUGGGAAGGACAAAAAAUAGAAUAGAGCCAAUGUUGAGCCAAUGUAUGAAUUCCGCGCGUAAACGUUAAUUUAAACGAGCUUCAACUUUCAUGUUGUAGGUGGACUUCCACUUUCGCCUAAUUUUUAAGUGCGUACGCGCUUAAAAUUUACGUGCGGAAAUGAAAUAGAGGAGAUGGAUGAAGGGCCGCUCGUACUCGUAAAAGUUGAACCAGGUUCAACUUUUACAUGUACGCGUGAUUCUAUACAUUGCCUUCAUCUUAUUUACGUGCUUACGCGCGUAAAAAUUACGCGACAGUGGAAAUCCACCCUUAGAGAGAGUUGACUGUCAGGGUCCUUGAAAAAUCCAAAUGAUGCCUCUAUAAGAUUGACACUUCCCAAAAUCGGAGACCGAGAGCUCUCCUCUGCCUUUCUUGAAUCCUUUUUCCUAGGCGGACACUUGCCCAUCCUAGUUUGCCCUGAGUUGAUUGUGUUUGAAGAAUCCAAAGGACACCUUUUCGUCGAUAACAAAGCAGCUGAGUAGAAACUGCGUUCUAGCGCAUAGAAACAAUGCAGAAUUAUUUCUGGUCGUUAAUCUGUAUGACAGAACAAAAAUACUGAGAACUGUAUUAUCACGUGAAAGCCCUGCUAAAGAAGUCUUAUUUUAAUGGUAACACCAUAGGUUAUUGUCAAUGGAAUUAAAAGUUAGAUGUGUGUCACAAGUCUCCAAUACCUUGAAUGAAACUGGUAGUUGUGCCUCGCAAUAUAUUUUGACACUCACUAAAUUUUAUCUGAUUAGAGAUCUAAGAAGAAAUUCACGUUUGGAAAAGAUACUGAAAUAUUGUUUUAGUGUUUUUGUUUUACCACAAAACAGAAUAUUUCCCAAUGUCAUUGCCAAUGGAUAACUAGUAUCCAUGCAUUAGUGUUACAAUGUACAAAUGUUGGACUGUUUGGCCUCCUAUGUCAGCGUAAACCUCUUUACUAGUGUAUCGUAAUAAGGGAUUUUUGGGUAAACUCACUGUGCAAAAAAAGCAAAAUGUAGUCGAGGAGAAGAUUAUUAAUGAAUAAAUUAGCUAAAAUGGUUUUAUCACAACACUAGGCUACUGUUUUUGUGUAAAAGAGGAAGAAGAGAAGAAGAGAAAUAGAAGUGGUUACGGUGCAAACUCAGGUGCUAUUAUAUCAAUGUCAAGGUGAUAUUUCGUUUUCUUUCAAACAUUUCGGUACAGCGCAAAGAUAUCGGUGCGUUUAUCCGGUUUCCUAACUGUUAACGAUGAAAAAUAGCAAGAGCUAGAUAAGAAACACAACUAAGUAUGUUCACGUUUGAAGCCAGAUCCUGGCAAAACAACAGUUUAAAAUCCUGAAGUAAAUAAAAUCUUCGAAGCAUGAGUUGUGAGCUGUUUGUGAUAAACCUAAGCGUUUGCCAAUCAUGAAACCUUUCAAAAAUUUGUUCGUCAAAUAUCAUUGAGGAAGUUCAAAUGCCGCGGCGUCUUUGAACCUACCGCGAAAUUAGACAAAUGUUUUGUGUCCAACAGCUGUAUUGGAUCUUAUGGGCUGUAUAUCCAACGCCAGCUGUAUUUGAAGGUUUACGUUCUUCACGUUAUUUUCCUGCUAAGGAUUCAAACUAUUUUCUACGAAUAUUUACGAAUAAAUAAAAACGCACGCACAAGAAUGAUCUGGUGGGCUCUGUGUCUUUUGAAAAAAUGUAUUCUUUUCAUAUUUUAACUCGGAAAGUGAGUGAUGGAGUUUUGUAAGUUAAUUCUAACUUUUGAGUCCGUGGAUAAAUUUCUGUUGUGUGACCAUUCAAAUGAAAUCUUUUCAACAGUACUUUCACGUAGUGCUGUUUGUUUUGCGCAUUUUCGAAACGAAUUUUUGACUUUGGGCCACUCUGGUAGUGAAAGGGUAAAAUCUUUCUCCCCGCUCCUUUUUUUUCGUUGUUUCUCGUGUUCUGUUUCUUUCCUGGACGGCUCUAGCCUCUCACGCACAGACUUUCUUUUGGUUCGUCACGCAGUCCUCCACAGGAACGCGGCUCCAGGAGAAAACAUCUAAUGUUCCAUUUGUUGUGUAGCAUCUACCUGACUGCUACCACUUGCAAAGCUGAAAGAUCGCUACAUGUAUACGUUCAGGAUUUUUGCCCGUCUAUAUCACUUAGAGAUUAUUAUAACCGUUUCACCCUCAGAGUAAUGGUAGAAUUGGAAAUAUAACUUCCUGAAACCUCCAGUGAAAUCUCUAAGGAUUCAGCAUGGCCGAGUGAUCUCGCUAUCCGGCGGCCCUGGGUUCUAGCCCCCCCCCCCCCACCUUCGCCCUAGUUUCUCGGUCGUCAUGAAUUCAAAUCCUCUGUCAUACGAGUGAAAAGCCAACCGGCUUGCCUCCUGCCAGUUUGGCUUUUUAAUGCUGUGUAGCAGUGCACUUUCACCAUAAACAAACAUGAAGGUUAUAUCUUUAUUUACUUUUUUUCUUCUUGUGCAUAUGAAUUUUAUAACGUUUUUCGUUUUCACAUUAAGGUCCCGGUUUUAUUCGCUAAGCCUUAUGUAACUUGGCGAUACGAGUGAUACAAAGCGCACACAGCUCCACACAGCACGAUGCAAAUAACGGAUGGUCUGACUGCAUGGUUCAGCAGCCUAUAAAAUAGCCAAGCUCAUCUAUUAUCACGACUGCAAUCUAGUGCGAUAUUUUCUCUUUCAGGCCGAGAGAAUCGCUUCACAGAUGAUUUCCGAGGGACGUAUGUCAGGCUCCAUUGAUCAGAUUGACGGAGUUGUACAUUUUGAAAGUAAGUCAAAGCGUUCUUCUCAGAGAAUUUCACCUGUCUUAACAUUGCGUAGUCUCCUUUACGGCUGUUUCAUGGGUCUCACGCAACGCUCCUCCCCGCAAAUAAGGGAGGAGCGUUGCGUGACGACCCUACAAACAGUUACGAAGGAGACUAUACAUUGGUCUGCGGAUCAUAAAAUUCUUCUUGAAAACAUUUUAAAUUGUUCUUAAACCAUAAAUAAGGACGUCAAAGGUUAGAAUAUCACCCUAUUAAAAUCACUCAGGACUAGGAGAAGAAAAGCCUGUUUUCCACAAGAUCUAGCGUUCCAGGCCAGGCCGCGUGUAUCCCCUACCGGGUUGCGGAAACAUUGUUAUUCAUCGGAUAUGUCAGAACCGGGCGCACAAUUCUUUUUUCACAUAAGCAUUCCCGCGAUUUGCGAAAAGAUUUAAUUCUGGAAAGGAUUUUGUUGUCAUGAUGUUCACAAAACUGGCUUUUUCCGAUCAGAUAGCCUGAGAAAAUAGCCGACAUUUCGCGACGUCAUCCGGCACUGGUUUCCCCGCGAAAUGACGUCUGAGAAACGAGUGUAGAAAUUCCAUACUGAUGACUUGGCUCCACCCAAAUCUGUAUCGGUCGACUGUAUUCUCAGGCUACAUAUCAGACUUCACCCUAAGUCCCAUUUUGAAAAUGAGGGUAGACGGGAAAAACGGAAUUGGUCCAUUUCAACUCGAUCCAGAAUGGUAGACGAAGAACCACAGGUGUGCAUCAGGCCUCGCUUUCACAAAGAGCCGUUCGAAAAAGGGCUUUUCGUUUGAGUAUUCCCCAUUCACGAAAGUAUAAGGGGAAUGGGUACAAGCUUUCGGCGAAACGAUUUCUGGGAUUGUUUGGGUAGACAAGCGUUACUUAUGAUUGGUUAAUGGUUGCCUUGAAUACCAUCGAUCAAUUAUAACUAAUUGAGUUUUCUAGGAACACCGACAAGGGUUAACCCUUUCACUUUCUGCGUGAAUGAAGUUUUGUAAGGUGUGGUUCUAACUUUUGAGUCUGUGAACGAAACCCUGUGGUGUGACGAUUCAGAUGAAACCGGUCUGGCAGUACUUUGACGUCGUGUUAUUUGUUUUUCAUCAUUGCACAAAAUUAAAUGUCGAAUUUUUGUCGUAUUUCGAGUUGGACCAUUUCUGUGAGUGAAAGGGUGAACUCAGUGCAAUUCCUCCGUAAAAUCCAUACCCAGCGCUUUAUUUCUGGGGUUUCCGCAGCUCAAGAAGUGUUGCCUUCAUGGGACAGACAAGUCCAAAACUUGUGCUUCCAAGUCAACAAUGUCAUUGAGAAGAUUAACGCUCACGCACCGGACUGGGCUGAAAAGUACCUAGAAUCACAAAUGUCUACUUAAGUACAACUGAUUGGACUUAUUCGCGGUAUACGUGAGAGCAACGAGGAGGUUAUUGAAGGCUUUGACGCGAUGAGACACCAUCUUCUCCUAAGAGAAUUCCGACUAAGAGACCUUAGUCCGUAUCGUGUCAUUAAAAUUAGAGACCUUUUGAUUCGAGGACGAGAAUGACUCACGAGUACGAGAUUUGCAUGACUUUAAGUUUUUGCGUAUUCUAAAAAUAGUCUCCCCAGAAAGCUUCAUUUUACUCUUUUUUUCUGUAAAGGUUAUCACUGUUAUCUUAAGUGAAGGAGGUUACGCCCUCUCCCAAUCUAACAUUUGAUAACUCGUUUCCGCCACUGCAACAAAAA